AAUGAACUUACGUUUGGACAUAUACAAGGCUUGUUCAAAAAGAAAAGAAUCAUAAUUUUUAGCUGUUGAAACAUUGGACAUUAACUGAAGAAAAUUUGCCAGAUUGAAACACUUUAUGUUAAGGACGGUCUCACAAAAUCAGCACAGCCGUGUUUCUUUAAAGAGUGCUAAUUCUUUGCUGAAUCCAGUUGAUUUUAAAAGAGAGCCUCUCUGUUCAGUACAAAGGUUUGGUACGCAGAGCAAGCUGAAUGAUGUGUCAAACAAAAGCAAGGCAUCAAUGACUGAUCCAAUUACUUGCAGUAUUGGAGACUUUGCUACUGAGCAACAGUCUCACACAAACAAUAUUACCAACGUAAAAGUCCAUUCAAAAUCAGCCAUGGAAUGCCAACAAGAAUAUAAAUCAAGACUGAAAUCCAAAUUUCAAUGCAUUCACAAUGACAUGUCCAAGCAGUCACAUCCCACGUUCCUGAACGACAUCUUCACAGAGCUUUACAUUACUGAGGGCGAAAGUGAGAAUAUUAACAAAGAGCACGAGGUGAGACAGAUUGAGACGGCGCUGCGGAGAAAAACCACAGUUGAAAUGCCAGUCAAAUGCAAUGACAUUUUUCAACACUCAUCUAAAGAAAACAGACCCAUCAAAUGUGUGCUGACUAAGGGAGUUGCAGGCAUUGGGAAAACAGUCUCUGUACAGAAAUUCAUACUGGACUGGGCUGAGGGCAGCGCUAAUCAGGAUAUCAAAUUUGUGUAUCCGCUUCCAUUCCGAGAGCUGAACCUGAUGAAAGGAAAGCAGUUCAGCUUGAUUGAGCUUCUCCAACAUUUCAAAAUGGAAACAGGCUUUGGAGAUAAUCACAAAAAUCAAAAAGUUCUCUUCAUCUUUGAUGGUUUGGAUGAAUGCCGCUUUCCUUUGGAUUUUCAGAAUAAUGCAAAGCUAAGUAACCCAACUCUUCCAGCAUCUGUUGAUGUCCUGCUAACCAAUCUCAUCAGUAACAAUCUGCUUCCUAAUGCUCUUCUCUGGAUAACAUCUCGGCCAGCAGCAGCCUGUCAGAUCCCUCUUGAAUAUAUCGACCUGGUGACUGAAGUUCGAGGGUUUAAUGACCCACAGAAGGAGGAAUACCUCAACAAGAGAAUCAAUGAUAAACAGCUCUCUAGUCGUAUCAUCACACACUUAAAGUCAUCAAGAAGUCUGUACAUCAUGUGUCAUAUACCAGUCUUCUGUUGGCUCUCUGUUACGGUGCUAGAGAGACUGUUCAACACAGCAGAAGAUGAAGAAAUCCCCAAGACGCUUACUCAAAUGUACACACACUUCCUUCUCAUCCAAACCCAUGCGAAAAACAUAAGAUACACCAAACAGCACAACCCAGGCCCGCAGGAUGAAGAUAUGAUUUUAAAACUAGGUAAACUAGCCUUCCAGCAACUCAAAAAUGGCAAUUUAAUAUUUUAUGAGGAUGACCUGACAGCCUGUGGGAUUGACGUGAAGGAGGCAGUGGUGUAUUCAGGAGUUUGCUCACAGAUCUUCAAAGAGGAGUCUGCGUUAACUGAGAACAAAGUGUACUGCUUCAUCCAUCUGAGUAUUCAGGAGUUUCUGGCAGCCAUGUAUGUGUAUUACAUGUUUAAGAUCCACCACAGUAACGUUCUUGAUCAUGAAGAGCAUGAAGAGCAUCAAAAGCUUACAGAGACCACCUUGUUUGAGUUGCAUAGGAGUGCCAUUGAUGAGGCUCUACAGAGUGAGAAUGGACACUUGGACCUUUUCCUCCGCUUCCUUCUGGGACUUUCGCUGGAGUCCAAUCAGAGCCUUUUACAAGGCUUGCUCUCCCAAUCUGGUAGCAGAGCUUGUCAGAGCAUUGAGGAAACCAUUGACUAUAUCAAGAAAAUGAUAGAGGAGACGUCCAUUCCAGAAAAGUCCAUAAAUCUCUUCUACUGUCUCAAUGAACUCAAUGAUCUGUCUUUGGUCAAGGAGGUCCAGCGCUUCCUGAACUUGGGGCAUUUUUCUAAACUCUCCCCUGCACAAUGGUCCGCACUAGUUUUUGUGUUACUGACAUCAGAAGAGAAGCUGGAUGUGUUUGACCUGAAAAAGUACAUCAGAUCAGAUGAAGGCCUCACUAGAUUGUUACCAGUGGUCAAAACAUCAGAAUCUGCACUACUGGAUAAUUGUGGACUUACUAUGAGGUGCUGCAGAGCUCUUGCUUCUACUAUCGGUUGCAGUUUUUCUAAUGUACGAGUGCUGGAUCUGUGCAAUAACUCCAUAGGUGACAAAGGACUGGAGCUUCUGACAGCCGGACUGGAAAACACACAGUGUAAUUUAGAGGAACUGAGGCUGUCAUACUGCAGAAUCACCACACAUGGCUGCUCUGUUCUGCAGUCGGGACUGCUUCCAAACCUUCCAAACCUUAGGGUGCUGGACCUAAGUGAAAACAGUCUGAGAGAAGCAGGAAUUAAGAUCCUGGCCAAUUACCUGAAGCAUCAGCACUGUAAACUUGAGAUACUGAGACUCAAGGACUGUAGAGUUACAACUCAAGGCACCAUUUCAAUAGCCACAGCUCUACAGUCCAACCCAUCUCACUUAAGAGAGCUCGACCUGCACUGGAAUAACCCAGGAGAUGAUGGAGUAGAGAAGCUUUCAGCUGUAAUACAGCAUCCACUCUCACAGCUUGAAACACUUUGGCUAAGUUACGGAUUGCUUACUGAGAAAUCCUGUCAGUCUUUGGCUUUAGCUUUGAGGUCCAGCUUCUCUACUCUAAAAGCUUUAGAUCUGAGUGGCAACGCAAUAUAUGAUGGAGCAGUGAAAAUGCUCUCAAAUGGACUUGGAAGCCCUCACUGUAAAAUAGAGAUUUUGAGGUUGGCAUCAUGUGAGAUCACAGAGGUGGGUGUUGAUGAUUUGGCCUCAGCUCUUGUUUCUAACCCGGCUCAUUUGCGAGAGCUGGACCUGAGACAUAACCACAUAAAGGAUUAUGGUGUAUCAAGACUCGCUGAAGUGGUGAAGAAUUCAAACUGUAGGCUGGAGACGUUAUGUUUAGGAGACAGUCGGGUCACAAAGGAAGGUUGUGCAGUGCUCGCUGCCGCUCUAAACUCAAACCCGUCAUAUCUGAGAGAGCUGGACCUGAGCAGUAAUGAUCUCACAGACACAGGGAUGAAGCUCCUUUCUCCUGUUCUGAGGAAUCACAGCAGCAACAUUAUGAAAUUGAAUUUGAGUCAGUGUGGUUUAACCAUGGCCUGCUGUGAUUCACUGGCUUCAACUCUUGAAGAAAAAUCAAGUCUUAGAGAACUGAAUUUGGGAGUAAAUAAUCUACAAGAUCUGGGAAUUAAAGUCCUCUGUGCUGGAUUGGAAAAUCCACAUUGUCAGCUGGACACUUUAGGGCUGUCUAAUUGUAGGAUCACAGGGGAAGGGUGCACAAUUUUAGCCUCUGCACUGAAAUCUAAGCACUCACUAUUAAGAGAGCUGGACCUUAGUGAAAACAGUCUUACAGACGCAGCCGUGAGGCCGCUAUCUGCCCUACUAGAUGAUCCUGACUGUAAACUAGAGAAACUUAUCUUGUAUUAAAAUCAGGCCUGUUUGUACAGCACACAUCAACAUUUGAUGAAAGUGUAGCAGAAUGCUGCCAUACCUCAACAUUGACAACUGCACUUCUUCUUGUUGGUAAUUUAUAUUACGCUUUCAGAUGUUUUAUUUUAAAAUCCUUUACUUAUAUUGUUGCAAUAGUGUUAGUUAUACAAACCAGCACUUUCCGUUUGAUACUAAUAUGUACUAUGUACAGUUAUAAGUAUGUUACAAGUUGACUGAUGCAAUGCUGUUUUCAAAAGAUGGGCCAAGGUGUGCACGUUGUUGCUUUUUUCUUGUAAGAAAAGUCUUAGAAUCUCUGAACUGUAAAGGUCAUUAACACAGUAUUUUUCCAUUGUACUGUUAUGCCAUUACUGUCAUUACAAGAUUUGCAUAAAUUUAAUUUUUGUAGUUUAAAUUAUUGCUAUCGUUUAUUUUUUUAAAGUAUGUAAGACAUUUAUACUGUAAAACCUUGCACACUGAUUAAAAAUCAGUUACACACUGAUUUUUAAAUGUACACUACCAGUCAAAAGUUUUUGAACAGUAAGAUUUUUAAUGU